GCGACAGUAGCCCUAAAAUGUUUAACAUAGCGUCGUCGUCUCGUCUUCUUCAGAGAAGCCAGAAGAUUUAUCUGUGAUCGGCCAUGGGAAAGGUUCACGGUUCAUUGGCUCGUGCCGGGAAGGUGAGAGGUCAGACACCGAAAGUGGCUAAGCAGGACAAGAAGAAGAAGCCUCGUGGCCGUGCCCACAAGAGACUGCAACACAACCGCCGUUUCGUCACCGCCGUUGUUGGCUUUGGCAAGAAGAGAGGACCAAACUCAUCUGAGAAGUAGACAGAAGCAAUGUUAAUGGCUCUUUAGUUACAAAGCUAAAGUUUGUUGUUGAUUUCAUUUUUUUCUGUUCGGAUUAUCAAACACUUUCUUGUGUUAGUGGAAAGCUGGCAUUGUUGUAUUAGAUCUUCUGUUUUCAUAUAUUGGAUUUGAGGUGAAACCUUGGUUUGAAUAAAGGUGAUACAAAAUAUUUGUCUGAAA